AUGCGGUGCUGGCUCCUGCUGCUGGCCCUGCUGCUGGGGGCUGCCCUCUCACCCCACCAGAGGGUCAGCUACUCAGGUCCUGAGGACUCCUCUGCUCCCGGGGAGCUCCCACAGCAGCAUUUUGGCCCGGUGGAUGAUUAUGGCAUCAAACCCAAGCAGCCCCACCUCAGGACCUGGAUGGCCCAGGAGCGGCCGGAGGGGCUGCGCAGGGCUGGCAAAAGCAAGCGGGAUGAGUAUGACUUGCUGGACUACUACUACGAUGUCCACAUGUGAGCCAAUGUGGCCCCUCUGCCCACCACGGC